AUGGUUCAUCGGGUACUGAAAUGUCCGGAAUGUAGGGCUGAGCAUCCGGUGCCGUAUGAAGGUGUGAAAAACUUCCAGUCAAAUUAUACCUUGAUGGGUUUCCUCGAUAUACAUCUUCAAGCCACAGACGACAAUGCUGCGCAGCUGGAAGCAUACAUUCAAAGUUACAUGCUAAACAAAGUUAAAGAUGUUGAUGGUGGUCGCAGCAUUGCGCUUUCUUCCGUUCCUGAUACUUAG